CACAGUACCUAGAAUAAUUUAAUGUAUUAACUAUAACUUUAAUUAAUAUUACUCUGAGAUAUUAUUAAUAAAUUCUAGGUGAUUGUUGUUUGUUUUUUAAUUUGCGUAUUACAGGAACUGCUUUACUGGAUCAGUAAUUAAUAAUACAGUAGUACUAAACAAUAAGCGACUGUAGACAGUUUAGGCUCAUGUAUAUUGUUCACAUCAAGGACUAUCUCGGACUUUUAAUUUAGGCCUACCAAGAAGCCAACGUUUUAAGUUGACUGAAAAAGUUGAUGUUGAUCGAACAAUAACACAAGUUUUAGAGUUUCUUGGUCUGAGCGACCCACAAUGGCAGCCACAGCUAAGAAGGAUUCUCCGAAGGAAGUUGCGCCGAAGGAAGACUUCAAGUCCCCCCCGAAGUUUAAAUUUUCUGAUGGUGAAAAGGUCCUCUGUUUUCAUGGUCCUCUAAUUUACAUCGCUAAGUGCAUGCAGACAAGAUACAAUGAGAAGGAGAAGGUCUCUGAGUAUCACAUACAUUACUCGGGAUGGAAUAAAAGUUGGGACGAAUGGGUGCCUGAAAGUCGGGUAUUGAAAUUCAACGAGGCCAAUCUUCAAAAACAAAGAGACCUUCAUAAAGCUCAAAAGAAUGAACCGAAAAACAAAAAGCCCAAAAAGAAUAAGAGCAUUGGCGGGCCAGAAAGUGUGGGGGGCCCAGACAGCAGAUCAUCGACACCUGUCAAUGACAAAGAGAAAGUCACUGUUGGUGAGAAGGAGAAGAAGGCAGCCAUAGCGGCAACAACAGCUGCGGCCACGGCGACUCAGUCCUCCUCUCAGGACUCUGCAAGUGAUGUGCCUAAGAAGAAGAAGGCGCGGACGGAUCCUGCUGUGGAAACGGAAGAACAGUUUCUAUCGAAAGUGGAAAUUAAGGUUAAAAUACCUGAUGAGUUAAAACCAUGGUUGGUCGAUGAUUGGGAGCUGAUUUCAACACAACGCAAACUGUUAAAUUUACCAGCAGCAGUGACCGUUGAUCAAAUUUUGGAUGACUACUACAACACAAAAAUCUCCAGUAAGAGCACAACCCCAAACAAGGAAACAGCUAUAUUGGAGGUAGUUAAUGGUAUCAGAGAAUACUUCAAUGUUAUGCUCGGCACUAAACUACUUUACAAGUUUGAGAGAAUGCAAUAUGCCAAGAUUCUAGCAGCCAAUCCUGACACACCCAUGAGCAAAAUAUAUGGCGCUGUCCAUCUGCUUAGGCUAUUCGUGAAGCUCGGUGGAGUUCUUGCUUACACAGCAUUGGACGAGAAGAGCAUCCAACUACUACUGGUGCACAUCCAUGACUUCUUAAAAUUCCUGCACAAGAAUGCGGCGACGUUGUUCAGCCUGCAGGACUACGGAGUCUCCACUUGCGAUUACCAAAGGAAGAUGGUCCCAAACACUUGUUGGCUCUAUUUCACUUCUAAGUCUAAGCAGGAGAUCUCCCAACAACUUCCCUACGACAGUCCAGAAGGUACAAUGGCCUGUUAGAUGAGGGUGAGUUUAUUCAAGUAUUCUGUUGGUCUGACUUUACAGCUCUAUACUUCAAACUCUUCCACUGUGUGUGUGUCUUGCAUGUCUUUAAAAAAAACUCAAAUCCAUCUUAAAAAUUGCUAUCAGUGUUUGUGUUAUCAAGACUUUGAGAAAAAAAUGUUUACCAAAGAUGGCCUUUGUUGGCCUGCAGUUUUUAUGAAUGAGAAACACUUUGGAGUAAGAUAUUUUAUCCAUAUUUUUCUACAAGUUGUUUUGCAGUUAUUUUUAGACUUACUGUAUUUCUAUACUUAUUAUAUUCUUUAUCAUUGUGAUAUUUUUAGGUGUUUGAGUUUUAUGUCUUUUAUUGCAUGUGUAUUACAAAAUGAAGUGUCCAUAUUUAUUAUUUAUCCAAAAAAGGCAAAGAAGAAAAUAUUUGUCUUCUUCCUCUGCACUAUUAUAAAAAGUAGAAAAACAUGCAAAUCCUUGUUAAAAGUGGACUUUUAUUGAAAACUAGCUGGCCCAACAGACGUCGCCCUGUCCUAAUGUGGUUUUAUGUCAAAUACUCGUUCAUUUUCAAGAUGAGCUCGUUCGCAUGGCUCAAUCACGUCCUGGUUGAAGUUCGUUCGCUAUGCUCACUCACCUUUAGGUUGGAGCUCGUUUGCUGCACUCACUUGCCUUCAGGUUAGCUCAUUCGCUACGCUAACUCGCCUCCAGGUUGAAGUUUGUUCGCUACGCUCACUCACCUUUUGGUUGCAAAUUAGAUGUUGUCAUGAAUUAAAAAAAUAAUAGUGCUGCACUCUGUUAGUAAACCUACUAACUUUUUAAUGGUUUUGAACAUCACAGAAUCUAAUUGUUUAGUUUAACCAGCUGUUA